AAAAAGAAACCCUCCCCAAAUUUCCCACCUAUCUCUUCAUCAAUAUUUGAUCACAUAUUAGGGAAAUUACAAAGCCAUCUUUGCAUUCAAAGGAUCAUCUUCAACUUUUGUAUAUAUAUAUAAUAUAUAUAUAGCAUUUUAUCACAAAGAUCAAUAUCAAAUUCUCAAAAGAGAUCAUGCUUGUGAGGCGUGUUGUUAGUACCACUUCUUUUCCCAAAUUGUUUGGAUGUUCUUACUCUUCCUUUUCUAAGAUUGGAAGUUUUGCUUCUUAUACUUCAAGUCCUGCAUCUUCAUUGAGCCCCAAACAUGAGGAAUAUUCAUACAGGAAUGAAAAUGAGCUUGCGGAGAUAAAUUGGGAUGAGUUAAGAUUUGGUCUAGUCCCAACUGAUUGCAUGUAUGUCAUGAAAAGUUCUCAAGAUGGUGAGUUCACUCAUGGUGAGCUCAGAAACUUUGACAAUAUCAAACUAAACCCAUCUUCAGGGGUAUUAAACUAUGGUCAGGGAUUAUAUGAGGGCUUGAAAGCAAGUAGGAAAAGGGAGGAAGGAGGACUUUUAUUAUUUAGGGUGGAAGAGAAUGCAAUGAGGAUGAAGAUGGGUGCUGACAGGAUGUUCAUGCCAUCACCUUCUCUGGACCAAUUCAUUCAUGCUGUCAAGCUCACUGUGCUAGCCAACAAGAGAUGGGUUCCACCUCACGGGAAAGGUUCAUUAUAUGUUAGACCAUUGCUAAUUGGAAGUGGACCCAUACUUGGUCUAGCCCCUUCACCAGAGUACAUGUUCUUGGUCUAUGCUUCACCUGUUGGUAACUAUUUCAAGGAGGGUUUAGCACCAAUAAAUUUAUUAGUAGCAGAUAAAACUCAUAGAGCUAUGCCCGGUGGAACUGGUGGUGUAAAAACAAUUUGUAAUUAUGCACCGGUGUUGAAGGCACAAAUGCAAGCAAAAUCAAAAGGAUUCAGUGAUGUUUUAUUUCUUGAUGCUGUGAAUAACAAGUAUUUGGAGGAGGCAUCAUCAUGCAACAUAUUCAUAGUCAAGGGAAAUGUGAUAUCCACACCAGCAACAAAUGGAACCAUUCUUCCUGGCAUUACUAGAAAAAGUAUAAUUGAAAUUGCUAGUGAUCUUGGCUAUCAGGUUGAGGAAAGGCUAGUGCCAGUAGAGGAAUUAAGUGAUGCAGAUGAAGUGUUUUGCACUGGAACUGCAGUUGUUGUGGCUCCAGUGGCCUCCAUUUCUUAUAAUGAUAAAAGGUAUACAUUCAAGACAGGAAAGGAAACAGUGUCUAAAAGAUUAUACAAUACCUUAACAGCAAUUCAGAUGGGUCUUGUUCAAGACAACAAAGGAUGGACUUUAGAGAUCUAAUUAAAAUUUUUCAUUGUACUUUAUAUAUAUAUAUAUAUAUAAUUCUCUUAUAAUGUGGUUUAUGAGCCUGCCUACCUAAUAAUAAUAUGAAAUUAUUGAAAAGUCCUUCAAUAGUUACCAA